AUGUGGUGUAAGCCCUCGUUUCGCUCUAGUACCCCUUGCAAAUGGACUCGGCACCGACUGACAUCAACUCCGGUGAUCCCAUGGGUCGCUUUCAAACGUAGGUCUGCGAUAUUGGGCCUUCCUGCCGCUGCUGCCGUUCCCGACGGCCUCACCACUAUGGCAGCUCCUGUACCUCCUAUCGAUGAUGGCUGCGAAUAGAACCUGCGUCUACUGUACCGCCCUACUCGUUGCGCUGUGUGAGUCAAAUGCUUGGCCCCCGUGCAUGUCUCGGAAGGUCCGAUUGACGGCGACGAUGCUGAGCCUUUUACCGACCGCUCAUCGGCUGACUCGAGUUUUCCUUGCUGUCUUACAUGUGCCCCAGUCAUGGCGAGUUGUUUUAUCAAUUUGGGAACGACCUAUACGACGGCUGCGAACGGUCGAUCGAUGAUUGAGCAUUGCCGUUGCUGGCUCUCGACGAACGCCGGGGACGUGUUCAGUCCCCUCCCUUCCUUGAUGUCCAACACGACCCUCCCGAACAACAUGACGACCUGCAUGACGAACGCAACCCAAGAACUCGUCGAAUCUUCAACGUCGAAUACAUCCGUCACCCCCUCUUCCUCAGCCAGUGCGAACCUGUCGAGCAUGCUGCUCCCCAAAUCGAGCUUGGCGACGGCGUGGAGCCGCAUGACUUGGCUCAAAAAGAGCUACGUGCUUCGUUUGGGCAAGACCGAUGCAUCGAGUGUCAGGAUCGACUUUGGCCUGUGA